CCUCCAAAGGAAUUCAAAGUCUGGAAGUCCAACUACGUACCGCCCCCAGAGACCUACGCUGCCGAGAAGAAGCCGCCGCCGCCGCCCGAGCUGGACAUGGCAAUAAAAUGGUCGAACAUCUAUGAGGACAAUGGUGAUGAUGCCCCACAGAAUGCUAAGAAAGCCCGGCUUCUGCCGGAAGGGGAGGAGACGGUGGAGUCAGAUGAUGACAAAGAUGAGCGUGCUUCUAAAACUCGAAGAGUGGAGCCAGGAGAAGCAGCCAAGAAGAAGAAGUAGAGAGUCGUGACGAGAACACAUGGGCUGCUGAGCUCUUGAGAUGGGGCUUGGGCGGAGUGUUUGCUAUUGUGCGCUAUUAUGACAGACAUCUCCAUGAAAGUAUUUAUGUUAAUGAACUAACACGUAUCGCCUCAAGACUUUCCACUAUAGAAUUCAUUUUUAUUUAAAACCUGUAUGUAUUUACAACUCUAAUGGUGGCCUGUGAUUGUGAACUGACAGUACUUGGAAGCAUUCUGGCUAUCACAGAAUUGGUGACAGGCUUUGAGAGUUUUGUCACGUGGACAUGCCAGUGUUCUUUGAACCUUUUAUAAAGGAAUAUAUUUUUAAAGUAAAUAUAUUGUAAUGUACUGUGAACUUGUGGGUGCUUUUCAUUAGUGUCUGUACAGUGUAAAUAAAUGAUCAUGGAAAUAAAACUACUUACUUCAA